GCAGGUGGCGUCCGCCCGCGGGCCGCUGUUUCGAGCGCGCCGCCGCCAGGCCGCUGGGCCGCCGCCGCACUUCCGGGCGCCGUUCAAGUGAUGAAUUCCCUCCCUCGCCACCACCAGGAUGCAGAAGAUCUCGGUGCUGCUCUUCCUGGCCUGGGUCAGCUUCCUCUUCUACGCAGGCAUUGCCCUCUUCACCGGUGGCUUCCUGCUCACCCGUUUGGAGCUCAGCAACCAUAGCAGCUGCCGAGAGCCCCCAGGCCCUGGGUCCCUGCCAUGGGGGAGCCGAGGGGAGCCUGGGGCCUGCUGGAUGGCUUCUCGCUUCUCUCGAGUUGUGUUGGUGCUCAUAGAUGCUCUGCGAUUUGACUUCGCCCAGCCCCAGCGCUCACACGUUCCUGGGGAGCCUCCUGUCUCCCUACCCUUCCUGGGCAAACUGGGAUCCUUGCAGAGGAUCCUGGAGAUUCAGCCCCACCAUGCCAGGCUCUACCAGUCAAAGGCUCACCCACCCACCACCACCAUGCAGCGCCUCAAGGCCCUCACCACAGGCUCACUGCCUACCUUUAUCGAUGCUGGCAGUAACUUUGCCAGCUAUGCCAUAGUGGAAGACAAUCUCAUUAAGCAGCUCACCAAUGCAGGAAGGCGUGUGGUCUUCAUGGGAGAUGAUACCUGGAAAGAUCUUUUUCCUGGAGCUUUCUCCCAAGCUUUCUUUUUCCCAUCCUUUAAUGUCAGAGACCUGCACACAGUGGACAAUGGCAUCCUGGAACACCUCUACCCAACCAUGGACAGUGGUGAAUGGGACGUGCUGAUCGCUCACUUCCUGGGUGUGGAUCACUGUGGCCACAAACAUGGCCCUUACCACCCUGAAAUGGCCAAGAAACUUAGUCAAAUGGACCAGGUGAUCCAGGAACUUGUGGAGCGUCUGGAGAAUGACACACUGCUGGUGGUGAUUGGAGACCAUGGGAUGACCAUGAGUGGGGACCAUGGAGGGGACAGUGAACUGGAGAUAUCGGCUGCACUUUUUCUGUACAGUCCCGCAGCCCUCUUCCCCAGCGCGCCACCAGAGGAGCCAGAGGUAAUUCCUCAAAUCAGCCUUGUGCCUACACUGGCCCUGCUGCUGGGCCUCCCCAUCCCAUUUGGGAACAUUGGGGAGGUGAUAGCUGAGCUGUUCUCAGAAGUCGAAGACUCCCAGCCUCACUUCUCUGCUUUGGCCCAAGCCUCAGCUCUCCAUCUCAAUGCCCAGCAGGUGUCCCGAUUUCUUUACACCUACUCAGCUGCUGCUCAGGACCUCCAAGUUAAAGAGCUUCAUCGGCUGCAGAACCUCUUCUCCAAGGCCUCUGCUGACUACCAGCGGCUUCUGCAAAGCCCGCAGAGGGCUGAGGCAGCACUGCAGACUGUGAUUCCUGAGCUGCAGCAGUUCCUGCGGGGAGUUCAGGCCAUGUGCCUUGAGUCUUGGGCUCGUUUCUCUCUGAUCCGCAUGGCAGUGGGUGCUGCUAUCUUGGCUGCUGCCUGCUUUCUCUGCCUGCUGGUAUCCCAGUGGGCGACAUCCCCAGGCUUCUGCUUCCAUCGUCUCCUCCUGAUCCCCAUGGCCUGGGGCCUGGCUGGGGCCAUAGUGUGUGCUGGACUCCUGGCAACUACUGAGCUGAAGCUGGAUCCAGUGAUUCUAGGGGCCAUGGCUGCAGUGGGCUCACUUCUGCCUUUUCUGUGGAAAGCCUGGGCUGACUGGGGGUCCAAGAGGCCGCUGGCAGCCCUGCUUCCCAUCCCUGGGCCUGUCCUGUUACUCUUGCUCAUUCGCUUUGCUGCUUUCUUCUCUGAUAGUUUUGUUGUUGCUGAGGCCAGGGCCACCCCCUUCCUUUUGGGCUCACUCAUCUUGCUCCUGGUUGUCCAGCUUCACUGGGAGGGCAGGCUGCUGCCACCUAAGCUACUCACAAUACCUCGCCUUGGCUUUUCAGCCCCCACAGGCCCCCCACGGCACAAUGGUGUGCAGGCCCUGGGGCUCGGAGUUGGGUUACUUUUAUGUAUAAGGCUAGCUGGGCUUUUUCAUCGCUGCCCUGAAGAGACACCUGCUUGCCGCUCCUCUCCCUGGCUGAGUCCUCUGGCCUCCAUGGUGGGUGGUCGAGCCAAGAAUUUGUGGUAUGGAGCUUGCGUGGGGGCGCUGGUGGCUCUGUUAGCUGCUGUGCGCCUAUGGCUUCGUCGCUAUGGUGAUCUCAAGAGCCCUGAGCCCCCUGUACUCUUUGUGCGCUGGGGGCUGCCCGUAAUGGUACUGGGCACUGCUGCCUACUGGGCAUUGGCAUCUGGGGCAGAUGAAGCACCCCCACGUCUCCGGGCCCUGGUCGCUGGGGCAUCAGUAGUGCUGCCUAGGGCUGUGGCAGGGUUGGCGGCUUCAGGGCUCAUGCUGCUGCUCUGGAGGCCUGUGACGGUGCUGGUGAAGGCUGCAACGGGUGCUCCAAAGAGCAGGACUGUCCUCGCUCCCUUCUCAGGCCCCCCUACUUCUCAGGCUGACCUGGAUUAUGUGGUUCCUCAAAUCUACCGACAUAUGCAGGAGGAAUUCCGGGGCCGGCUAGAGAGGGCCAAACCUCAGAGGCCCCUGACUGUGGCUGCCCGUCAGUUGGGGAGUGUCUACUCAGCUGCUGUGGUCACAGCCCUCACCCUCUUGGCCUUCCCACUUCUGCUGUUGCAUGCAGAGCGCAUUAGCCUUGUUUUCCUGCUUCUGUUUCUUCAGAGCUUCCUUCUCCUGCAUCUGCUUGCUGCUGGGAUACCCAUCACCACCCCUGGUCCUUUUACUGUGCCAUGGCAGGCAGUCUCUGCUUGGGCCCUCAUGGCCACACAGACCUUCUACUCCACGGGCCACCAGCCUGUCUUUCCAGCUAUCCAUUGGCAUGCAGCCUUUGUUGGAUUCCCAGAAGGUCAUGGCUCCUCUACCUGGCUGCCUGCUUUACUGGUGGGAGCCAACACCUUUGCCUCCCAUCUCCUCUUCGCAGUAGGUUGCCCAUUGCUCCUGCUCUGGCCCUUCCUUUGUGAGAGUCAAGGGCCCCAGAAGAGGCGGCAGCCCCCAGGGAAUGAAGCUGAGGAGGAGGAGGAGCCGCUGAUGGAGAUGAGGCUCCGUGAUGUACCUCACCACUUCAAUGCAGCGCUGCUGCAGCUGGGCCUCAAGUACCUCUUUGUCCUUGGUAUUCAGAUUCUGGCCUGUGCUUUGGCAGCCUCCGUCCUCCGCAGGCAUCUCAUGGUCUGGAAGGUAUUUGCCCCCAAGUUCAUUUUUGAGGCCGUGGGCUUCAUUGUGAGCAGCGUGGGACUUUUCCUGGGCAUAGCUUUGGUGAUGCGAGUGGAUGGUGCUGUGAACUCCUGGUUCAGGCAGCUAGUUCUGGCCCAGCAGAGCUUGCUACUCCUGUGUCAUGUUGAAGUACUGGCAUGAAAUCUUUGUGGAAAUGUCCAUCAAAAGAGUGGAGAAGAGGCUCUGAGGAGAAGGAUCAGGACUGGGGUUUGAGGUUUGAGAGCCCAGGACAGGAGGAGAUGAGACCACUGAGAGAGAGAAGAACAGGUGUUAAAUUGUGAGUCAGCACUGACUUCUGCUUGACAGGAAGAAGAAGAGAAGCUGAGUAGCAGUGAUGCUGAGGUAAAGGUGUUCACUGCUGUGGGGCCUAAAGGAGGAGUCCUAAUUAUCAAUGGCCAACAGUCCCCAGUGCUACAGAGGUCAAAUAAAUGAUGAAAAGUGUAUAUACUGUUUCCGACAACUAGAGGAUAGGACACUGGUAACUCUGGCAGGAAUGGGUUUAAUAAUGCAAGGGGAGAGGUUAGGCCCCAGCUAGACUGUAAAAUUAAUUAGGAAAAAAAUCUCCUUCCCCCCUCCUCAGUCUGGUGGACACAGAUCCCAAGCAUCAUUUAGUGAAUAGACAGUGCCUUUGUGAGAAGAAAUAAAGACCCUUUCUCCAUCCCUAGCACCCAUGGGAAAGAUUUCAGACCCCAUUCCCUUACCCUAUCCUUGUUUAGUUCCCCCCGCACUUUUUUUCAGGGAGCCCCGUUCCCCUCAGCCUCAGGAUAAGCAGCUGAUCUGCCAACCACUGUUUCCUUUUCUCCUGAUCUACCUACAAGAUCUUUUUAGGGAAAGAUACAUUACACUAUUAAAAAUUCUUAUCCCUGCCUUUUACUUGACGUCAGAGCCCAUUCCACACUAACUUAUUGUUUCUUUUUAAAGAGCUUUUUUGAGGUACAAUUUACCAUAAAAUUCACCCAUUUAAGGUGUAGAAUUAAAUGAUUUUUAGUCUAUUCACGGUUGUAAACCACCACCACAAUCAAUCUUAGAACAUUUUCAUCAACCCAAAAAGAAACUCGAUACUCUUCCCUCUCACCCUCCAACCCUCCCCACCUCCACCGCUAGCCCUAGGCAACCGCUAAGCUACUUUCUGACUAUAUUUGCAUAUUCUGGACAUUUCAUAGAAAUGGAAUCAUACAAUAUGUGGCCUUUUCUAUUUGGCUUCUUUCAUUGGCCUAAUGUUUUCAAUCUUCAUCCAUGUUGCACCAUGUAUCAGUACUUCAUUUCUUUUUAUAGCCAAAUAAUAUUCCAUUUCAUGGAUAUAUCAUAUUUUGUUUAUCCAUUCAUCCACUGGUGGACAUUUGGGUUGUUUUUACCUUUUUGUUAUUAUGAAUAAUGCUGCUAUGAACAUCCAUAUACAAGUUUUACUUGGACAUAUGUUUUCAUUUCUCUUGGGUUUAUACCAAGUGGUAAAUUGGGGGGAAUUGCUAGGUCAUAUGGUAAAUCUGUGUUUAACUUUUUGAGGAACGGUGUGUCUCUUUCCCAAAGCUGCUGUACCAUUUUACAUUCCCAUCAGCAGUGUAUGAGGGUGCCAAUUUCUGCACAUCCAUGCCAAUACUUACUAUUAUCUACCUUGGAUCCUCACCAUCUUAGUGGGUGUGAAGUAGUAUCUCAUGGUGGUUUGGGUUUGCAUGUCUUUUUUUUUAUUUUUAUUUUUUUUACUUUUUAUUUAUUUAUUUUUUGGG